AUGCCACAAGACUUCACCACCAUCGUGGAAUCCAUCGCAACCAUCUCGAUCAUUCUCGCAGGUCUCUGGACCCUCUUCCUCUUCUGCGUUGCUUUCGGCGGAGACGUAGAUCGCUGGGAAGACCACGAACAUUGCCGCCGGGUACGCGGCCGCCGGGUGCGCGACCACCGCCUACAACGUGUACGGCUUGCGAGACACAUGUAUGCCUACAAGCGUCGCGGUCCGCAUCCACCUCGCAAACAAGUCCCCGAUUUCCGGCCUCGUCGGCGUCCGGAUCCCGAGGCGGUGCGCAGGGCUAGAGAGCGGGAUCUGUGGUCUACGGACUCGCCUUCGGGGGAGUCGGAGGAUGGGUUGCUGGUGGUGCAGAGGCGGAGGUUGGAUAGGGUCGGGUAG